AUGCAAACGAACGAUGGUUCCGUCAGCGCAAGCACACCAUUUCGCGAUGCCGAAGCUUCACAUCCAUCCACAGCAGGCGAUGGGAGGAUAACGGGUACCGAAAAGAGUCCCGAAACCACAUUAGAGGCCAAAGAAAACACACAAACGCAUGCAAUGGAGUCGAGAACCAGCAACGAUACAAAUUCACAGGACAAGGCGGCUACAAGAAAAGCAGACGGGGAAAAGACUGGCGCUGAUGUCGCUGAAAAGGAGCACGCCGAUGACGAAGUCGAAGACGAAUCAAAAUACCUUACCGGCUGGAAACUGGUUAUGCUAUCCAUAGGUCUCUGUCUUACGACUUUCGUCAUCGCUCUCGAUAACACAAUCAUCGCUACCGCCAUCCCCAAGAUCACCACCUACUUUAACAGUCUCGACGAUGUAGGCUGGUACGGCUCGUCAUACCUCCUGACAACAACGUCUCUUCAACCGUCUUUCGGCAGGGUAUACACAUACUUUGAUGUUAAAUACACAUACCUGAUUGCCCUUGUAAUCUUCGAGGUUGGUUCAGUCAUUUGCGCAGCGGCGACGAGCUCACCAAUGUUCAUCAUCGGGCGAGCGGUUGCCGGAGCUGGCGCAGCAGCACUAUACUCUGGCGGUAUGACCAUCAUUGGGUUCUCGGUACCCUUGCGAAAACGAGCUAUUUACAUUGCUGCAUUGUCGUCCAUGUUUGGCAUUGCGUCUGUCGUCGGACCCAUUCUCGGCGGUGCUUUCACGGACCGGCUUAGUUGGCGCUUUUGCUUUUGGAUCAACUUGCCCUUCGGUGCCGUCUCGCUCCUCGUUGUCUUCUUCUUCUUCAGCAACCCUAAGCGCCAGUACUCGCAUCUUCCUGUCAAGGAGCGUCUCAAGAACAUUGAUAUUGCCGGCGCUGUGUUUCUCAUCUGCGCUAUCGUAUGCCUGCUUUUGACACUGCAAUGGGGCGGCUUCACAUACGCGUGGAGUAACUCCAAGGUAUGGGGCACGCUACUAGGUUUCGGACUCCUUAUCAUCGUCUUCAUCAUCAUCCAGCUCCGCCAGGGUGAGCGGGCAACGAUUCCUGUACGAGUAUUUACUCAGCGCACAGUCCUUGUUAGCUGUCUCUACUCGACUCUGCUAUCAAUGGCCUUGUACACACACAUCUUCUACCUCCCCUUCUACUUUCAAGCCAUCAAGGGCACCACGGCCGAACAGUCCGGCAUCCGCACCAUUGCCUACCUUGUCAGCAUCACCUGCUCAUCCAUUGUAAUCGGCGGCCUUAUUACAGUCGUCGGCUGGUACGCGCCCUUUAUGUGGUUCGGCAGCGCUGUCUUCGCCAUCGGCGCUGGUAUGCUCUACACGCUCAAAGUCGGCUCCCCAUCCAGCCAAUGGAUUGGGUAUCAAAUUCUCUCGGGAAUCGGCGCGGGAGCCGGCGUGCAAAUCCCUUUUGUCGCCGUGCAAGUCGUGACCAACGAGAAAGACAUGCCGACUGCCAACGCCUGCGUCAUGUUUUUCAAUUCACUCGGCGGCGCCCUAUCCAUUUCUAUUGCACAGAACAUAUUCGUUAAUACGCUGGCCAAGGAGAUUCCAAAGUAUGCGCCCGGUCUUGAUGGGCGCAUUGUGGCGAAUGCGGGGGCGACGAAUCUGAGGAAAGUGGUGUCUGCAGCUCUUCUGCCGGGCGUGCUGAGGGGCUAUAACAAUGCGAUUGUUACGGCGUUUAUACUGGCGAUUGCGACGAGUUGUAUAGCGUUUUUUGUGAGUUUGGGCAUGGAGCAGAAGAGUGUCAAGGGGAAGAAGAUUGUGCCUGGUGGUGGGGCUUAG